CUAAAGGGACCACUACUAUAAACAUACGGAGUCCCUGCGCGAGAAGAAGACCACGUCGUAGUUAUCCACAGCCGAGUCGGGGAACUUUUUGUGACUGUUUUUAAGGACUUUUUGGCUCCGUGGGAAAAAGAAAAACGGACAAAAAAACUUUGUGUUUGAAGCAGCGACAGCGACUUUUUGUUCUGAAAGUUGCGCUUGUAUGAUUCAAGAGUCUCCCGAGAUUUCGCGUUUGUACGUGGGGACUUAUUUAAAAGCAUAAAACCGAUAUGAGGAUUAUGUGUUUGCUGUGAGCUCCAACGACGUCGAGCUGAAGAGGAGUUUCUCCAGCGGGGAGCAGAAAACGGCAUGUAGCUCAGGAUCAAGGCGCCUGCUCAUCCUCCUCCUCCUCAUCGUCCUCCCCCUCCUCUCCGGACAUCUUUGGGAAUGGGCCAGCGCCUUGCCAGGGUGCAUCUUUCCAUCCAGUGGCGUGGCUGGCGUCGUGCGAGAGUGAGGAGGGCAGCGGCCAGGUCAUAGAGCCUGCCCACCCCUCUCUCCGCUUGCUUGCUCCCAAGUGACUUUUGACCUUUGACCCAGCCGUGACCCACAGCCAGCCAUGCCCUUCCGGCUGAAGCUGCGGCGCACACGGCGCUACAACGUCCUGAGCAAGAACUACUUUGUGACACGGAUUCGCCUGCUGGACAGCACUGUGAUUGAAUGCACUCUGUCGGUGGAGAGUACGGGACAGGAAUGUCUGGAGGCGGUGGCCCAAAGGCUGGAGCUACGGGAGACCCAUUACUUCGGGCUGUGGUUCCAGGGAAAGACCCAGGCCCCGGCGCAUCGCUGGGUGGAGCUGGAGAAGCCGCUGAAGAAGCAGCUAGACAAGUUUGGCAAUGAGCCGCUGCUCUUCUUCGGAGUCAUGUUCUACGUGCCCAGUGUUUCCCGGCUGGAGCAAGAAGCCACCAGGUAUCAGUAUUACCUGCAGGUGAAGAAGGAGGUGUUGGAUGGACGUCUCCACUGCACAAUAGAGCAGGGGAUCAGACUAGCUGGCCUAGCAGUACAAGCUGACUUUGGAGACUUCACUCAGUUCAUGUCUCAGGACUUCCUCAGGGAGUACGUGCUCUUCCCAGUGAACUGGCCGAAUGGAGACGAGGUGCUGGAGGAGUGGACCCAGAAAGUCGCUGAGGAGCACAAGAGUCACUGUCGAAUGCAGACCGCUGAGGCAGAGCUGCUCUACAUCAAGGAGGUGGAGAAACUGGACGGCUUUGGGCAGGAGAGCUUUCCUGCUAAGGACAACUACACCAACGAUAUUUUCAUCGGUGUGUCCUUCAUUGGGGUGUUUGUCAAACACAGGAAUGGCAGAUCCAUCAUGCUCCACAAGUGGAAGGACAUUGGCACCAUAGCGCACAACAAGUCAGCCAUCACAGUGGAGAUAACAAGCAGAGACGACACCAUCAUUUUUCACAUGGAGGAUAUGGAAAUGGCCAAGUACAUCGCUCGUCUUUUCACGGCCAGACACAAAUUCUACAAACAGAACAAGAUCUGUGCAGAGCCCACUCACUCACCUGCACCAAUCCGGAGGAGGCCCACAUGGACUCACCGCCUAUCUCUGCCACGGCCCCAGUCCUGUAACUUCCAGUCAAUGCAUUCCCAGUAUGGAGAACAUUAUCAGGACACACAGAGCUCUCAAGACAGCAUCUUCCAUGACGACCCCUACUACAAGUCAGAGACCAGUCUGGACCGUUCCCUGGCGGACUUUCCCUUCCGUAACGGCACCGUGCCCAAUGGAAGCAUGUACAGCAGCCCCAGCCUGAGCUCCCUCAAUCACUCCCAGACUUUCGUCCCGCCCUCACCCAUGUCCUCCAACCUCAGCAUCCCCGGCAGCGAGCUCAUGCGCCCUGACUACAUCCCCAGCCACCGCCACAGCGCCAUCAUUGCUCCGUCCUACCGGCCCACACCUGAGUACGAUGCUGUCAUGCGGCAGAAGCGGCGCAUGCUCCCCGCUCACCAUGAUCUCCACAGCCAGUCGCUGCGCAGUCUGAACAUCAGUAAUGCGUGUGCUUACCGUCAGCCUGAGGCUCUGGUGUAUAGCCAGCCCGAGAUGAGGGAGAGGGGCCCUUAUCACGGCCUGGGGCCCAGUCCAGGACCCUACGCACCACAGAUCAGCUACAGUAAGCCAGUGUCCCAUGGGCCUCAUCAGGGAGGUCCAGCCAGCAGCCAGGGCCCCUGUCAUUCACCCUGCGUUAAUGGAGUUGGAGGCAGCGGCGGAAGUGGAGGUGUAGGAAGCUCCAUCUCUCACACUGUCAGCACACCUGAGCUGGCGAAUACCAAACAACAGGGGAACAAUGCGGGAAGCUAUGCAGCUACAGCCAACAUGCUGAGAAACCACAUGUCGCGGCCUCCUCCACCUUACCCUUCCAGCUCCUUCCGCCCGGCCACCAGCACCCCGGACCUGGCCAGCCACCGUCACCGCUGCAUGGGGGGCAGCAGUCCAGAGCUGGUUACCCGCAUGGUGCAGCUGUCGGUCAAGACCUUUCAGCCGGACAGCUCAGCCGUGGUGCACCAGUCCCUGCAGGAGGUUAGUGAACCAUUAACUGCAGCUGCUAAGCACCGCUCCACCCUGGGCAAGAGACACAGCAUGGAGGUGAUCAGCAGCAUGAGAGCAGGUGGAGGAGGAGGAGGGAUGGAGGGCAUAGUGAUGAAGAGCAUUAAUGCUCCCCUUCAUCGGAGGAAUACUCUCAGAGAACACGUGAUGCCCCCUCAGCCUCAGUCCAUCCCUCAGCCCCAGCCUCAAACCCCUCAGCCACAACCCCAGCCCCCACCUCAGCCUCCUCCUCCACCUCAGCAGCCACAGGAGCUGCCCAUGCAGAUGCCUGCCCAGAAAGCUCCUGAGGCUUCUGCAGCGCCGCCUGGGCCAGUGGCCUACCAGCAUCAAAAGACUCUCUCCAAUGCUACCAUGCUCAUACACAGUAGUGACAGUGAAGAAGAGGAGGAGGAGGAAGAGGAGAGGCCUGAGCUUGAUGUGCAAAUCCCAGGUCUCAAUGAGGACAUCAGCAUUAGCGCUCAGCUCCAGGCUGCUCUGGCCAAGCUGCCUAACAAACCCCCUCCGGAGUACCCUGGUCCUCCUAGACCUCCUAGCAGCGCUCAAAUCCGCACCCACAAUCACAACCACACUCACCACCACAAUCAUAAUCAAGGACCACAGAGCAACCACGGACCAGUGGACCCAAACCAAGCCCAGGGCCGAGCACUCAAGGCUGGGCAGAGCCCAGGUGUCGGCGGGCCUGGAUGUGGUAGUGGUGGUGCAGGUGGUGGUGGGACACUGACCCGAGGGGACCAGGGUGGCGUGAAUGGGGCGGUUUUAGGUCCAUCCAUUUCAGAACCGGACCUGACCAGUGUGAAGGAGAGGGUGAGGAAGGAGCCGGUCAAAGAGAGGCCGGUGUCAGAGAUGUUCUCCUUAGAAGACAGCAUCGUGGAGAGGGAGAUCGCUCAGAGGACGCUGGAAAGACAGAAGAUGUCCGUGGACUCCAUGAAGAGGCCGCUGAUGAUGGCUGCCCUCAACGGACUCUACGUGGCCCGAAUGCCUGUCCCAGAGAGCCCUGCGGAGGACGGUGCCAAGGCUGCUACAGACGAACGGUGUAAGACCUUGGAGUUGAAGCUGGAAGAGGAGCGGGUCUUCACUGAGUAUGAACAGGUGCCCAAGAAGAGGGCGGACUGUGUUCUCACCACAGCAACUCUGCCCGAAAACACAGAGCGCAACCGUUUCCGUGACGUCGUUCCGUACGAAGAGAACCGGGUCGAGCUUGUACCAAACAAGGAGAACAACACGGGCUACAUUAAUGCCUCCCAUAUCAAGGUGAUGAUCAGAGGGGAGGAGUGGCACUACAUUGCCACCCAGGGCCCGCUAGCCAACACCUGUGCUGACUUCUGGCAGAUGGUCUGGGAGCAGGGGGUCAACGUCAUCGCCAUGGUUACUGCCGAGGAGGAGGGUGGCAGGUCCAAGAGUCACCGCUACUGGCCCAAACUGGGCUCCAAACACAACUCAGCCACUCACGGCAAGUUCAAGGUGACCACCAAAUUCCGCACCGACUCGGGCUGCUACGCCACCACGGGGUUAAAGGUCAAACACCUGCUAUCUGGCCAGGAGAGGACGGUCUGGCACCUGCAGUACACUGACUGGCCCGAGCAGGGCUGUCCUGAAUAUGUCCAGGGAUUCCUCGCCUACCUGGAGGAGAUCCAGUCUGUAAGGAGACACACCAACUCCAUGCUGGACACCUCAAAGAGCCUCAAUCCACCUGUGGUGGUUCACUGUAGCGCCGGGGUGGGUCGCACCGGAGUGGUCAUCCUCACUGAGCUCAUGAUCAGCUGCCUGGAGCACAAUGAGCCUGUGGAGGUUCCCACCAUGUUGUCAGGGCUGAGGCAGCAGAGGAUGCUGAUGGUGCAGACCAUCUCCCAGUACAAGUUCGUCUACCAGGUCCUCAUCCAGUUCCUCAAGAACUCCCGCCUCAUCUGAGCCGGGGGAUCCUGACCUUUUGACCUUACAUGACGUGGCAGAACGGCACCAGAUAACGACAACGGUACUUUGAAUUAGCGUGAGGACUGUGCAGCAGAUACAGUGUAACUGAUAGCUGGUUGGAGGCAGAUACAGAGAUUCAUGUUGAGUUUUCUAUGAGGCAGUUUGUGGUGGAUUUUCAACUCACCUCAAAGGAGAGAAGGUUUCGCGUAGGCCUGUAUAAAAAUUGACGACCAAUUCUCCUAAUCAGCGUAUGUAGUUUUCCCCCCUGGGUUUAAUUCUUGGUCCUGCUUCUUCUGUGUGGAGAAUGCAUGUACGUGCCCCCCCCAUGUGUUCAUGAGAUUUCUCAGGAAAUAUCUUGAGAAAUCAAACCUCUGCCUGCUACAUUUCUCAUUCAUUAUUUAGCCAUGAUUAGAAAUGGCACUAUGCUGCAUGAACAGUAGGUGGCAGCAGUAUUAUUACUAUUCUCUAUACUCUGAAAGAGUUUGCCAAACAAAAGUAUUCUUUAAAAUCACUGUGCUAAAAUGUUCCUUUUAUUUUAACAGAGUAUUGAUUAAUACAGCAAAUAUUUACUUCAACAUUGUAACAAAUGUUUUUUAUUUAUUUCUAUCGAGAUUGUGCUCAACUCUGCCAUUGAACGGAGCAUUGACAAUUUUAUUUUUCAUCUUUGAGCUCAUCUUAAUUUUAACUAUACUUUUCAGAAAGCCUUCCUUGUCAAUGCCAAACGGAUCGCUCCCAUUUUCUGUCUUGAAUCACAGCACUUUGUGAUCAAAUGUGUCUCGUCACAUUUCCUUCCUAAAAGCAUUUCAAGUCUAAAAAGUGUUCAUUUAAUGAAUUGGAGUUAAUUUAUACGUAUUAUUUCACAGUUUCCAGUCAGUUGUGUCCCAAUACAGCAAAUGCUGUACACCCUGCAUUAUUGUGCCUUAUUUGAAACAUGAAACAAGGAGACGCUGACCACCCUGUCCUUGUUUUAGGGUUCUAGAUAGUCACCUAAAUUCUUUUUUCUUUUUUUACCUCCAAUGAUUAAAUCUUUAAAGGUAUACUAUGCAGGAUUUUCCUUAAAACAAUGUACAGACGAAUACAGAGAUAAUCCCUCUCAGUCAUCACAAAUGAUCCACUAGAAGAGUGUGGUGGUGUAUUUUUCUGUGCCUGUAUUUUCUUCUUAUUUUUUGCGUUUGGGGCAUAAGGACAUGUACCCCCACAGCUCCCAGGUGAGGUUGGGGCUUUGUAAAAAAGUAGCGACCAGGUUCUAAAGCGUAGACAGCAGGCAUCCAAGAGACAGCACCGAAAAAAUCGCAAAUGUGGCGAGAGGCAACGCCAAAUUAGAAUGAAUCAAAAGUUGGCUUUUACUUUAACUUCUACGUUUACAGCUAGUAACUGACUUUAAUCCUGCAGAGUAUACCAUUAAUCGUAUUUAAUAGUUGGUGUUUUGUUGUAAGAACAACUUUAACAUUUCAAAUAAUUUACCUAACUCUCAGGUGAAGAUUUGGCAGUAGCAGAAUACUGAUGUCUCGGUUCAUUUUUGAAGGAUAACAGUAAAAAAGUGACACAAUUGACAUCGCCAAAAAUAAAAAACAAAGCCAGCUGUUAAACUAAUCUGAUCCAAACUCCACUCUGAAGAAUUUCCUUUCACAUGUUACAUUAAAUAUCCUUUUUUAUUUUUCUGAAUCGUGAUGCAAAGCCAGCCAUGUCCAAAGUAACUUUGUACAUAAUGGGCAUGUGAGAAAAAGAUUUCUACAAAUGUUUUAUAUAGUUUCCUUUUUUUUUUUUUUUUUUU